AUGGAAGAUAUUCCAAACAUUAUUUUGAUCCCCAUUUAUUUUGCAGUCGCAGGGUUAAAUGUUAAUUUGACAUUGUUGAACGAAAAAAGAGAUUGGGGAUUUAUAUUUGCUUCAAUUGGUGUUGCACUAGCAUCAAAAAUCAUAUCAAGCUCCAUCAUGGCGAAAUUAAAUGGCUUACGUUGGAGAGAAUCUUUUGCAGUUGGCAUCUUAAUGUCUUGUAAGGGUAUUGUGGAAAUAGUUGUUUUAACUACUGGGUUAAAUGCAGGUAUUAUUUCCAAAAAAAUUUAUGCCAUGUUUAUACUAAUGGCUUUGGUGUCCACUUUUAUCACCACGCCCAUGACCAUAUGGCAAUAUCCAAACUCUUACAGAGAGAAAUUAAUUAAAGAACAAAAAGAUGCUGAAAACAAGGAAGAGGGAAUAUCUGAAGUUGAAAAUGAGGGUACCGUUACUACCAAUAUAGAAACUUAUGACUUAGAUACAAUGAGUGCUAAAGAGUCACUUUUAGCCCCUGUACUUACUGAAAAUUUGAAUAGUAGCAGAUUUAUGAGCCUAGAUGACUUAUCUCAAUUCCAUUUUACAAACAUUAUAUGUGUAAUAGAAAAUACAGACUCUAUAUCUUGUGUUUUAUCGUUAUUAAAUUACAUGUUAUUCAAUGGAGGUAUGAAAAAAACAAAUACAAUUGCAAAUGAACAUAGACCACACAGAAAUCUGAGGAAUAGACUGAAAAAAUACAUUGGUCAUACAACUUCUUCAACAUUGCAGGCUAUGAAGAAGGGUGACAAGAGGUCUAGAAUUGAUGAUGCUUCCAACUGUGAUGGCGAUAAUUUUGAAGUUAACAUGAAUACAAUUGAUAGAGCACCAACAGGUGUGAAUGGCGACUGUAUUGUUUUGGAUGAGAAAGUUUCUUUAAGAUUAGUACACCUAAGGAGAUUGACAGAGCGUACGGCUGAUUUGCUUUAUAGUUCCUCGAUGCAUAAUAGCAAGACAUUUAAUUUUGAUUCUAGCAAUGACUCAUUGUUUCAAAUAUUUAACAUUUUUUCGGAAUUAAAUCAAGUUCCAUUUAGGUCUGAUGUAAUUUUUUCCACCGUGUCUGAAAAGGCAAGCAAUAUUAUUUCCAUAAAAGCAUUACACACAGACUUUGUACUAAUACCGCUACAAGGCAUAAGGGACAAUUCUUAUCGGGUUUCCGAAAUGUUUACUGAUGAAGUAUCCGACAACGAAGCUGUUUUUUCUCAUUUGACCAACAUUAACGAAUUACCUGUUAAUUAUUUUCAGGUUUUAGCGAAAGGUAUGACAUCCAACUUGGGGAUAUUAAUUCACAACUCCAGAAACAAAUUUGAAAGGCCAACAUUAAAUAAAAGAUAUUUUUAUUUGUUAUUGCCAAAUGCGAAUUUUUCAUCAACAGAUUAUUUGUCUAUAUAUGUUUUCAUUUUAUUAUGUUAUAAUUCCAGUAACAAGAAUGCAGAUAGUUUAAAAUUUAGUAUUUUCAUUAAUAAAGAUAACGCAGGAUUUGAGGAAGAUUUGUAUCAAGCCUAUGGCCAAGAAGCUUGGUUUCAAUCCACUGACAUUACUGUUGUGCAGAUAGAUGCGAAGGAUGCGGUUACAAGCCGUGAUUAUGAUAAAACAAAUAAGCCAUUUAUUGCACUAGUAAUGGAACAAGGAUUAUCUCAUGAUGAGAUUAACAAUAUUGAUGAGAGCUUAUUUAUUAUUUCUGAAAGAUUAUUUUCCAAAAUGGAGCCAUUUGGUAGGGAAGUUACCCAGGCUAUUAGUUAUUCCUUUAGGACAAGGUAUGAUAUUUUAAUUUGUCACCAUCAUAUUCCAAACUAA